AAUUCUUUUUUCCCAAGAAUACAUGAGAGAGAGAGAGAGAGACCAGACCCCUCCCCCUUCCAGGUGAUCAACGUGGGAACCUCAGUUGGCAAGAUAGGUUUCCUUGGUGAUUCCUACCAAAAGCUCUGGUGUCUCACUCACAUUGAAACCCUUAGUAUCUGGAACUGGCAAGAUGGAAGCUGUCAAGUCAACCUAGAUAAAGCUCGGGAGCUCGCUUCUGAUUGUUGGAGUCAAGAUAAUGUUGACUAUUUUGUUGAUUGCCAUUGUCCAGGAGGUGACGACUUAUGGGUGGUAGGUGGAACCUGUGCAGGUACCGUCGGUUAUUUUCCGGUGAACUAUAAAAGCCCUGGAUCUAUAGGCCCUGCUGAAGCCAUUCUUGGUGGAGGUCACGUAGAUGUCGUCAGGAGCGUCCUGCAGAUGCCUAGCGAGUAUGGAGCAUCCGCAGGUUUAUUCGGGUGGACUGGGGGUGAAGAUGGACGCUUAUGUUGCUGGAAGUCCGAAGAUAAUUCUGCUGCUGGGAACAGCAACAACCGGUCUUGGACUUCAAGCGAAUUGGUCGUUAAGCCCUCAAGGAACCGCCCAAAAAACAGACACUCUCCUUACUAAGGAAAUGCAUACAUUGUUCUGUCCUCUUGGGUGUCUUUAUUGUUGUAACAGUAACCAAGACAGUUGCUUGAGCUUGAGAUGUGUGUUAUCCUCUCUCUUCAUAUUUUUUUGGCAUUUUCUUUAAAUGAAAGUUUGAAAGAUCUAAUUUUCAAAUGA